UUCUACUGCAGAGUGUUGACCUAGAUUAACUCUUUUCUUCACAAGUGUACCUUCAAAGUCAUCUUUAAAAUUAAGGGGUCAUGAAUGUAUUCACCAGGAUUGAGCCCUUGCUGCUGUUUUAGUAAGUAUUGUUAUCUCAAUCCCACAAAUUACACCAACUGACCUUUUCCCUCUCCUCCCCUCCCCUGCCCUGUGCCCAAGCCACUGCCUGAGGGGCCUGAGCGAGGGGUUCCGACAGGAGCAAGCCCUGACGCUCCCCCAUGCCAGCCCUGUGCGGAUCCUGACGCUCGCCCGCCAGCCCCGCCUCGUCCCAGGCCCCAGGACUCCUGGGUCAGAUGAGCACCAUGGGAAUCUGGUCGGUGUGCUAUAUUGCCAGGCAUCUCCAGACAGCUGAGGCUCAGAGAGCACAGGCCUGGGGCUGUCCUAUCUGGUGGAUGGGUUUCUGAGCAGCGUGGACAUGCUGGGCCUUUCCAGUACAAGAGCUUGAUUAAAGAAAACUCACAGGGCGGGAAUUUAUUAGAGAUACUAGCAGAGGUGUUCCUUUGAGAUACCCAUACCUUAUAUGUCAUACGGAGUCUUCACUCACACACACGCCCUCAUCUUUCCUUAGGGGUGCCAACAGUUCUUGUGUGUAACCAGUAUAUACCAGGGUAACUGGUCCUGGACCCCAGGGAGGGGGUGGUAACUGGGGCCUUCUUUAAAAUGUGCAGUAGAAUUGAAGGUUUGCGGAGUCGUGCGUCCUUCCUAGGAAUGGUACAUUUCCCAAGGUCAUUAGUUGCAAAUCCAUCACAAGUUCUUUUUUUCUUUUCUUUCUUUUUCUUUUUUUUUUUUUUUUUGAGACAGAGUUUUGCUCUUGUUGCCCAGGCUGGAGUGCAAUGGUACAAUCUUGGCUCACUGCAACCUCCACCUCCCGAGUUCAAGCAAUUCUCCUGCCUCAGCCUCCUGAGUAGCUGGGAUUACAGGCAUGCGCCACCAUGCCUGGCUAAUUUUGUAUUUUUAGUAGACACGGGGUUUCCCCAAGUUAGUCAGACUGGUCUCGAACUCCCGACCUCAGGUGAUCCACCUGCCUCAGCCUCCCAAAGUGCUGAGAUUACAGGCGUGAGCCACUGCGCCCAGCCCACAAGUUCUAAUGGAAUUGUUUUCUUUUUCCUCCCCAUAAAGACCUUCAGUGGGAUGAGCCAAGAGGCUGGGGACUGCCAUGAGUCUUAGAAGGGACACCCCAGAGCCUGGUGCUGUCUCUAGCUCCUCCCACAGACUCUCCUCCUCUCCUCCAGGACUCACUGAGGGAAUGGGCUCUGGGGAGGCGUGAUGAAGAGGCCACUUCAGAAUACGUUGAGUUUGAAGUGCCCUUGAGACCUCCCGGUGGUGUCAUAGAGGAUCUUCAGGGUCAGAGGAAAGGUGGCUUUAGGCAUAGUUAGCAUGAGGAUGGUGAAUCAAAAUGACAGGUAUGGGGAUGGACAUGGGUCUGUGGACAUGGA